UUCAAGAUGGCCGCCCAGCGCGAUGUGAGAUGGUCACGGCUAUUUCUGUGGAGGUUGUGGCAGGCCAGGGGGGUUCCACAAAACUUGGGAUUGGGCCUGGGCCUAAAAGCGAGAACUUAUUCCCGGAGCGACGGCCCGUACUCGCGCACGGCGCUCUAUGAGCUGCUCGGCGUCCCCUCCACGGCCACGCAGGCGCAGAUCAAGGCGGCUUACUACCGGCAGAGCUUCCUUUACCACCCGGACCGCAACGCCGGGAGCGCCGAGGCUGCCGAGCGGUUCACGCGCAUCUCCCAGGCCUACGUGGUGCUGGGCAGUACCACCCUGCGUCGCAAGUAUGACCGCGGCCUGCUCAGCGACGAGGACCUGCGCGGCCCCGGGGUCCGGCCCUCCAAGACGCCCGCCACCGACCCCGACUCGCCCCGCACCCAGCCGCCUGCUUCUCGGACCCAGGGCCGCGGUCAGGCCUCGUCGGGAGCCAACCGCACCAUGUUCGACUUUGACGCCUUCUACCAGGCGCACUACGGCGAGCAGCUGGAGCGCGAGCGGCGCCUGAGGGCCCGGCGGGAGGCCCUUCGCAAGCAGCGGGAGGACCGGGCCAAGAAAGGCUUACGCUGGGACGAGACCCGAGACACGGCUUUAUUCGUGGUUCUGCUCACUGUUUUCAUCAUCAUGGGUUUUCGUUUUUAAUCGGAGAGCGGAGGGAAGGGGAGCAGCCGCGCCACCGCCCCCCCAACCCCCAAGAAAACGGCCUUUCCUGUCUUCUUGAACCCGUUGCCUCCAUUGUCUGCUGUUGUCUACCUCUCCUGGGGUCCGAAGGAACUGCUCUCCCCUUUCCCUUCCCCACCCGGCCAGCUUAGCCAUUGACCUGCAUAUCCCUACCCCUCUGGUCCAGAAAAGGAGGCUUUUUGAUGCCCAAGAAAAAGGCUCCCAAUGAGGAGUCCCGAAAGCCCGAGAGUGAGGGGUUUCCUGGAGGCCCUGGGGUGCCUGCUUCCAGAUGUUGUCAAUUUCUGGAACACUUGCUGUGGCUUUCCUGUAAAGCUCCGAGCAAGACUCGUCUGCUCCUGCCCCACGUGUGUAGCGUGGGGCUCCUCUGUAACCUUGAAACGUGCAAUGUGACCAAUUGUGACUGCCAAAAGAAAAAUUCUGGGGUGAUAAGAAACUUGUCUUUCUGUGAGUUCCCCAAGCCACAGCCACAGCCUGAAGCUGAGACACCAAGGGUGGAGCCCAAGUGAGUGGCCACCACACCUGCUUAUGGAAAAUGGCGGAGUAGGGGUCUUGUCUCGGGCCUUUGGGCUUCCAGGAAUGUCACCAGAUCCCAUGAAGGGAGGCUGAGAGAAGGGACAGCUGGUAAGUAGCGGUGUUACUUCACUCCCUGGAAUUCAGUGCGCUCUCCUGGCCUUUGCCCUCUCAGUUCCUCAGCCCUGUGAUGAGGUCACACACUGUCUCCUGCCUCUGAGCAGGACUGUAGAAGGCGUGCCUUGCCUGCCCUCAGCGGCUUGGCUCUCAGGCCAGGCUUGGAGCCCUGGGGGCCAUCGGGUUUGUGCAAAGCAGCUGGGGUCCCUCUGUUAGUGUUUUAGGGUGGUAGCAAGACCUGAGUCUGGACCUCAUGAACUUGCAUAUGCUGGGGAUUGCUAGGUGCUCUCAUCCCCCAGAAGCAGAGAGCUCACCUUCACCAUCUGUUGUAAGGUCAUAGCGUCACUAUGGAUCUAGCCAUCUCGCCACUGUCUCUUAAGGCUAUACAAACCUGGGGCUCCGUCGCUAGUCUUGAGGUGGGUUGGCCCUCCCAUCCUGCCUCUGCCCUGUCAGUGUUCACAUCCUCGGUCCUGGGAGGGGACUGCUGCUAGACAAAAGAAGGCCUGUUUCCAGAGGACGAAGAACUGACCGAGAUUCGUGGUUCACAGGCCACAGCUGACCUGCACACAGCAUUUGGCUGCGGCUAGCACAGUGUCUUAACUUUAGGCAAUAUUCAAAACUUGGAAGACUUUGCAUAAAAAUCUAGAUUUCUGACUCCUCUCAAAAAAGUGAGAAAAUGUGCCACCAUUGAGCUUCCUCCCAUACUUUCGUGACAGUCUGGGAGAAGCUGUAAGGUCUGCGUUUCAGAUGGGACCUUGCUACCUGGUCCCCUGCACUCUCACCAGCAGAGGGGAUGUGUCAGAGGCCGUGAUGCACACACUUGCACCAUUUUACUCUUAGAGAAAUCUCUCUCUGUAUCCCAUGUCUAUUAAGAGGAAAAACAAAAAAGGUGGGGGGGAUCAUGCAUUUCCAGGAAAAUGGGGAAGGGUGUACUUUGUGGAAACAGAGCUGCUUUGCACUGUAACCUUCUGGCCCCUACAGGCAUUUGAAUUUGCAGAUCCCUAGGUUACCUCCUAUGUUAUUAAAAGAGCUCACACUUUAUGCAGGGAGGCAGAGUGUAAGUCUUAUUUUCAUUGUGGGACAAGAAGAAUCUUUUGAGAGUUCUACAGCAGUGGCAAGGUCCCAAACAAAGCCAGAGGUCCCUUGGUACAAUAGCACCAAUUCCUGCACUCAAUCUUUUGUGUAAAAUCCUUGUAUAAAUUGGGAUAAACCCUCAGCUAGUCCAACUUGGUCUCUUGGAAACCGUCAGAUUCUCUCUAGCCUGGGAGGUCAGGGGCAAGUUCUUAGCCAUGGCUUUGCAGUGACCACAUGAUUCAGUGGUAAAGGUUGAGCUCAGUAAGCCUUGAUUAGCAGGCACACACAAAAGUACAUUUAAUGUUAUUAUGUUUCAAAUUUGGAAAACAAGGUGGGAGGCUUAGGAAAAUAUGCAGAAGCUAGUGAUUUCCAAACAAGGAGGUACACAUAGACUUUCUUGAGGGGGAGGAACACCUUGUUUUUAUCAAAAAGGAGUGAGAGUUUUGUUAUUUGAGCAAUUUUUUUUUUUAUUUUUGGCUGUGUUGGGUCUUCGUUGCUGUGUGUGGGCUUUCUCUAGUUGCGGCGAGUGGGGGCUACUCUUCAUUGCAGUGCGCAGGCUUGUCAGUGCAGUGGCUUCUCUUGUUGCAGAACACAGGUUUUAGGCACGGGGGCUUCAGAGUCGUGGUUCGCGGGCUCUAGAGCACAGGCUCAGCAGUUGUGGUGCACGGGCUUCGUUGCUCCACCACAUGUGGGAUCUUCCUGGACCAGGGCUCCCCUGCAUUGGCAGGUGGAUUCUUAACCACUGAGCCACGAGAGAAGCCCUUUGGGCAAUUUUUUGGUUUUGGUUUUGGUUUGUAAAAGCACUGGUGGCCUACAAUAGGUAGGACCUUUCUCAUGGGCCCCUUGAGGGUCUACCUCAAGUUUAUUCUCUCUCACAGAGGAUUACAGCCAGGAGCAUUCCCUGCGACCCCAGACCUGGAAAUAGAAAGUUCCAGAAGUGAUCUGGCAGGAGAGCCCAGACUGCCUGGAACUUUCCAGAAUAUUCCAUGUACCUUCAAGCAGAGGGGUUAAUCGAGUUUAUUAACCAUCCAACUCUAAGUCUUUCCCAUGGCCCAGAACUAGGCCCAUUCCACUCUGGUGGUAUCUAUACCCACCUGCCUCAGGUCUUUGGUGUUUUUCAUGCUGGAGCUGAAUACAGAGGGCCUCACUCCCUGUGCGCUCUAAAACUGAGUCUGAGCUCUUGAGGAAGGUGAGGGGUGUGGAAGGCCUUCUGAAAGACCCCAUCUGGUUCUCAUGGUAAAACUUUUCUCCCUUCCCAGUCCCUCCCUUGCCUGGGUCAUUCCUUCCUCUUCUUCUUAUCUGCCCUGGGGAGGGGAGGCUGAACCAGACUGUGGACAUUAGCCUCUGCCUUGUAGAGGCUGCUCCCCAAUUCACAAUAGUGGAGGGAGGCUUAGGCAUGACCACCAUUAGCCCUUCUUCCUUUUGGUUACAAACGAAAAACUCCCUAGAAGCAUGGACCAGAGUGGGAGGCCAGGCCGAGAGGGGCCCAGCUUGCCCCAGGCUGUGUGGAGAAUGUGGGAGGUCUUCUGGGGCUGUUCAGUCUUCUGUCAUCUCAGGCAGGCACCUGGUGUCCUCCCCAGCGUCCCUUGUCUCCAGCACGUCAAGUGCUAGCAGUGAGAGCAGGAGAACCACGGCCACUGUGGGAUGAAGCUUCUCAAGUGGGCACUGUCAGUGCUUUGCCCCUGCUGGGGGUGAAUCCGACUGGACUUGGGCUUCCAAAAGCUCGGAUGGGCCAGUCCCUCUAACUAUUGCCUGUAUUUCUUAAGAGCUCAUCAAGCAGUCACUCAGGUGCUGCUCACUCAUCUUUAGGGAUGGGGACCAGCCUACCAGCCGCAGCACCUGUGGAUCAAGAGCCUCAUACUGAGCCAAAAUCUGGCUCCCAGUGGUUCCCACCCGUUGGUCUUGACUCUAACGUCUUGCUCUAUGUGAAGCAGUCCUUUAGAGACUCAGAGGCUAGCCAUCGCAUACUUGUGUGUAAAACAGAUCCCUCAACUGUUCCGUAGGGGACUUAGCCCCAAUCCUCUUUCUCAUUAUACUCCAAAGGUGCUGUUUUGGGGUUCUCUUAGAGUUUAAAACUUCAGUAAAAAGUAAAGCCAAACCAGCACUUGCCUCAUUCUAGAUGGUUAUAGCCCCACUAACAUGGACCAAGAUCACGUUAGCUUCUACAGCACUCUGACUGUCCCCUCUUACCUGCAGGACCUUCUGUGACUUCCUGCCAAACUUCAUCUCAUUAGACUUGACCUAAGCUGAUCCAAGACGUAUUCCCACUCUCUCAUCUUCUUGUCCACAGUCAUCGGCCAAGCUGGUCACCUAAUGUUUACCCAAGCUGAAGACAGCUAGCUCCAGCCCUGUGGAACCCUCUCCAUCACUCAGUGGGGUGGUCAUUUGGCAGGCCAGAGAAGGAGCAGGUACCAUCCUGACUGGGCUUACAGGCCAUCCAGGAAAAGAAGGUGCAUACAGGUGAGGCAGUUGGAGAACAGUGAUGGAGCAGAGUGUGCUUCUGGCCAGAAGUGCUGGGAAGUUUAAGAGUUAGGGAAGACUCCCAUGGGUUGGUAAUCAGAAAAGGCUUCAUGGAAGAGGCAGAAGCAGUGCUGGACCUGGACAGCCAGGCUUUGGAUGGGCAGAGAGGAAAGGAGGGCAUCUCAAGAGUAGGAAGCACAGGAGCUGAGAUGUGGAGGCUGCAACAGCAGAGUGGCUGGAUGAGGGAGCAGAGAGAAGUCAGGCAGCAUCGUCAUCCUCAUCAUCACAUUUAUUGACGGCCCCUGGGAGGCGGGGCUGGGGACAGAACAUACAAAGACAAGGACCUGCCCUCAAAAAGUUUCCAUUCUAAGGAGACGGGGACAGAAAAAUACAGAAUGGUCUUUCCGGGGGA